AUGGUCUCGUCAGCACUCCGGGCCGCCGUGGCCGUAUUAGCCGCGGGCGGCGUAGCGAACGCUGCUUACAGCAUCGCGACGACAGACGAUAUCAAGGAAACGGCCGCCACGAUCGCUUGGGAUCUGAUGCAAUACUACCACGGAAACGAGUCGGGCCAGACACCGGGCAUUCUGCCCGGCCCUCCUCCGGCCGGCGAUUACUACUGGUGGGAGGGCGGAGCAAUGUGGGGGACGCUGAUCGACUACUGGCACUUCACGGGCGACGACAGCUACAACAAACUCAUAACGGAUGCGAUGCUCUGGCAGGUCGGGCCAUUCGAGAACUACAUGCCGCCCAACGUGACGGCGUCGCUGGGUAACGAUGAUCAAGGCUUUUGGGGCAUGUCGGCCAUGCUGGCGGCCGAGAACGGGUUCCCCGACCCCCCCGAGGAUAAGCCGCAGUGGCUCGCGCUUGCUCAGGCCGUCUUCAACACACAGGCGGCGCCGGACCGACACGACGACACGUGCAACGGCGGGCUGCGGUGGCAGAUUCCUUGGGUCAACAACGGGUACAACUACAAGAACAGCAUCGCGAACGGCUGCUUCUUCAACAUCGGGGCGCGGCUUGCUCGGUACACGGGCAACACUACGUAUUCCGACUGGGCCGAGAAGACGUGGGACUGGAUGGUCAAUGUCAAGCUUAUGGACGACAAGUACAACAUUUAUGACGGUGGCCACGUCGAACAUAACUGCACAGACAUCAACAGGGCCCAGUUCUCGUACAACAACGGCGUGUUCCUCCUAGGCGCUGCGUACAUGUAUAACUUUACAAACGAGACGCGAUGGUUGCAGCGAACUGAAGAUCUUUUGGAUGCGACGCUCAAGAUCUUCUUCCCGGGCAAUGUUGCCUACGAAGUUGCGUGUGAGGAGCACAUGUCGUGCACGACGGACAUGCUGAGCUUCAAGGGCUACAUGCACCGCUGGCUGGCGACAGUGACGCAGAUUGUGCCGGUCCUGUCACCCAAGAUCCUCCCGGUGCUCCAGAAGUCGACCGAAGCAGCCAUCGCCACCUGCAUCGGAGAGGCGAACCAGCGGACGUGCGGAUUCAAGUGGAACACCAGGACGUACGACGGCAGCCGCGGAGCAGGCCAGCAGAUGAACGUGUUGGCGGCCGUGUCGUCGCUGCUGAUCGGCCAGGCCAAGUCGCCCGUGACAAACGGGACAGGAGGUACCAGCAAGGGCGACUAUAACGCGGGAGGCCAGGGCGACCAGUUCGGUGUGGUCCACGCUCCAGUGACGACGGGCGACAAAGCGGGCGCCAGCAUACUCACGAUUCUUAUUCUCGCGGGCGCGGCCGGCACGUUUGGAUGGAUGAGCAUAGAUCUUUAA